AUGGAUGCGUCUAGCAGUGGGAGUGCAGUGCCGGUGGUGGCCCGCAGGCGUCGCCGGGCAGCGAGACAGCUGCGUGAAUCGACGCCCGAUCCGGCCCGCGACGGAAGCGUCGGCAGCCAGUCGAACUCGUGCGACGAUCAGAGCGGGUCCGAGUCCCGCGGCCGCAGCACCGUGGAAAGCAGUCCAUCCUCCUCGAAGAAGAGCUUGAUCGAGCGGGCGAUCGAUUAUGGCAACUCGCAUCGGAAUAAAAUUCUGGCCCGCAAGGAGAAGAAGCUGUCCAGUGCGGUCGCACCGAGGAGUCGAUCGGUGCCGCGCGACGAGGGCGAUGUACCGAGCAGUCCGGAAAUAUUCUCACUACUAAGGCGGGCCAAGCGAAGUCUGUCGGGUGCACGCAAACCCAAAACGGACGACUCGAGCGAUGGUGGCCGCAUCUCCGACACGGAGGUACGCAAGCGGCGCGAACGCAUCGAACGCUUCCAGACCGAACGAUCGCGCGAAAGCUCGGAAGGCAAAGCGGCCAACCCGCUGCAAGCCAAUCUGCAACGCUUCAACGAAGAGCGGCGCAAAUUCGAGCUGGAAAAGUUGAAAUUCUUGCAGGAGAAGCGUGAGCUCGAUCGGAUGCGGCUGCGGCGGUUCGAGAAGUACCGCGAAGAAAUGCUGGAAGAGCAAAGCCGCAAGCUGAAGGCAAAGCUGCAGGAAGAGCGUGCCAAGAGCAUCGAAGCUACUCCGAUGCCUCCGCUGGCACCAUCCGUUGCCCAUCGGGCUCGUACUCCAACACGACCGGCCGACAGUCUGUCGCCGACCGUUGCGAAGAAGAAGAUACUGAUCGUACCGAAGGCACGCUCAUCUAGCCGAUCGGCCUCGACAAGCGAAGAUGAGGGUCGUUUGUCGUCCGAUGAGGAGAAGAAGCAGACAGUUAGGCGUCGCUUUUCGCCGCGAAAGCCGAAGAGGACACGUUCUUCCAAGCUGGAGUCGAUGGCGAGACGCACCCAUCCGCGGACGGAUGGGAUCACUUCGCCCGAAUCGGAGCUACCGUCAGACUUUCAGCCGGAAGAACCGGAGCCGGUGGUUCGAAAUGAUGCUCCGGAGGAGCCAAAACCAGAACCGGAAAGCGUACUCACACAUCGACGAGUAGCUGGACAGGAGGGUGCAAAAGAGGAGCAGCAGUUGCUUGUGGAGAAACCAAAGAAGCAACCGCUUGAGGAGGAAUCAAAACCUCAAGAAGUAAAGGAAACGGAUGAGAAGGAUAUUGAAGCAGGCAAAGAGCUUACCCCUCAAGAAGAUGGGCUUAAGAUACGGCAGCGACGCAGGCCCCUUGUGCUGUACGUUGAGCAGCCCGGGGAGAUCUUCAGCUGGCGACAGAUCACGCAAGAGUGGUACGACAUGUGGCAGGACUUCCUGGACGAUCAUCCGGAGGAGCUCGUCCGGAUGAAGGUGCAGGUGAACCACUGCCUGUUUUACUUCGCAGUGAUGGUAUUGCUGUGUGGCGUCGGUGGCAUCGCGUUCCGGUUGACCGAGGGUACGUUCGAGUCGCAGUACAAGUGUGGCGUGAAGCGCGUCAAGCGCGAGUUCAUCGAUCAGCUUUGGCUUUCCAGUCACAAUCAGAGGGAAGAGGACUGGAAGUUAUCGGCACGCAACCGGUUGCGCAAGUUUGAGGAGGAGCUGCAGAUCGCGUUCGAGGCGGGAAUGAAAACGUACAGCGGCAACACGGCCUGGAACUUUGUGAACGGCGUCAUCUACUCGCUUACGGUGGUGUCAACGAUUGGAUAUGGACAUAUUUCACCGUCUACGACGACCGGCAGGGCGCUGACGAUUCUAUACGCGAUCAUCGGCAUACCGAUCUUUCUGAUCGUGUUGGCCGACUUUGGCAAGCUUACGAGGGGCAUCAAGUUCAUGUGGGCCUACGUGCGACGGUUGUACUAUACAGGCUCGGUUAAAAAGGUUCGCAAGACUGCGCAAGUUCAGGAGGUAAUGAAGGGCCUCAAUGUCGUCUACGAUAUGGUCAGGCGACCGAGUGCCGAUAACGAACUGCAGGGAGCAACAACCACGACAACCGUGGCCGCCCAACAACCCCAGCAAUCCACACCGCCCCAACCCGUCCAAAGACCUCCGUCGGAAGCUCCAACGGCAGCCGCUUCCGGUACCGGCAUCGAAGCCAUCCCCGUGCCGGACACCCCAACUACCCCGGUGCCCGAAACGUUCGAAAUCGACGACGAGUUCAAUCUGCCCAUCUCGGUCGCGAUCGUCAUACUGGUCGCGUACAUGCUGUUCGGGGCGCAGAUCUACUGUACGUGGGAAAACUGGAGCUUCUUCGAGGCGUUCUACUUUGUGUUCAUCUCGAUCUCGACGAUCGGGUUCGGCGAUUACGUGCCCCAGCACCCGAUCUACAUGAUGUGCAGCAUACUGUAUCUGAUCUUCGGCCUGGCCCUUACCUCCAUGUGCAUCAACGUGGUGCAGCUGAAGCUGAGCGACAGCUUCCGGCAGGCCAGUGCAAAGAUCGGCGCAACGAUUGGGCUGCAGAUGGCGGAAGCGGCCUCCCAGCAUCAGCACUCACCGGUGCACACACCGAUCGAGCUGGCCGCAGUACACACCUCCACCCCUACCAGUGCGGUGAACGUGAGCCUGAAGGACACACCGACCUUACCGGCCCGACCGUCCAGCUCCGUACCAAAGCCAGACAAGAAGGAGUAAUGAGGGAGAGCGGGUUAUCUGUUAUACGAAAACAGUACGCACAAGUACAAUGCACCAAGAAAUGGCACGAAACGGGAUGAGGGGGGGGGGGUGGAGUGUGGGGAGCGGGUAUGAUCGACGGAAGCGCUCUUAUUUAUAUUAGCUAGGACUAUAUAAACAAAG